AUGAGUAUUAGAACAUUAAAAAAGAGCGAGCUAUUACUCGUUGCUGAGGAAUUAGAUUUAAAGAUCCCUCCUAAUGCAAAAGUAAUUCAGUUGAAAGAAUUAAUUGAAAAUUCGGAAAUUUAUAAGAGUGAUAUAGAAUUCGUGGAAAGUGUUGUUCAUAAUAUUUUAGAGGAGAAUAAGCUCACAUUGGAAAGAGAACUGUCAGAUAGUGAAGCUAAAUUAGAGUUAGAGAGAAUAAAACUAUCGCAGUUAGAGAGAGAAUUAGAAUUAGCAAGCAUUAAAAAGGAUUUAUCACAAGUUCCAAAUUCUGAAUUAGAAAUAUCUAAUCGAGAAAAAUUAACAAAUUUAAUGGUUCACAUGAGUGAGGAAGAUGUAAAUGAUUAUGAUAAACUCAAAGCAACGAUUUUAAAAGAAUUUCAGCCAACGCCUCAAGUGUGCUUAAAUCAAUUUCGAUAUGCUCAAAAAUUACCUAGCGAAAAUUACGUGCAAUUCGCGUCCAGAUUAAGUGCUAAUUUUGAAUAUUAUUGUCGGCUAAGAGAUGUGAGUGAUUUUAAAUCAGUGUGUGAAUUAAUGGUUUCAGAUAAACUGUUUAGUGAAAUCGAUCGAGAUUUGAAAACUCAUAUAGCUGUAAAACAGGGUGAGAAAUGGUUUAAACCGCAAGAAUUAGGCCGAGAGUGCGACAUUUAUCUGUCAUCGAGAGGUAAACCAAAAUCUGAGUCGUUUCCUCCUAAAUCCUUUUCAGGAAGUGAAAAUAAGAAAAGCGAAGGAAAUAAUUCGCGCAGAUAUUCUUCCAAUACUGAGGGAAAUAAUUAUCGUAAACGGGGUUCAUAUGAAAUUCACCAUGUAAAUAAAUUUCGUAGUAAUAGUUCUAGAGAUGUUUCCAAUGUAUAUUUAUCAGGAGCAAAAAAUAUUCAUUGUAUUUUGUGUAAAACAGGCGAAACUCAUGCGAUAAGCGAAUGUCCGAAUUUUAAAGACAUUUCGGUAAGCGAGAGAGUAGAUAUUGUAAAAAGGAAUAAUUUGUGCUUCAAAUGUCUCUCUUCUGGGUGCAGUGUAAAAUUCUGUAAGGCAAGAAACUGUUUCUGUGGAAAACCGCAUCAUCAAAUGAUUCAUUUUCCGAAAGAGGCCAGGGAGGGUAAAAAUCCCCCUGAAGAGGAGAGCGCAGUUUCAACAAGUAAUAAUUCUUCCGUCUCUAGGUCAAGAGUGUCUAACGUUUUACUUUUAACUUGCAACGCAUAUGCUAGCAAUCCUAAGGAUGGGAGAGGAAUAAACAAAUUUACGAGGAUUUUAUGCGAUAACGGAUCAGACCGGAGUUGGAUUCGAAGAUCCUUAGCAGAUUGUUUAAAACUAAAUUCCAUCAGAAAGGAAAGACUGUCGGUUUUUUCUUUUGGUUCAGUAAGGCCCGUUGAGAAAAUUUAUGAUGUAGCCGAGAUAAAGUUAACAAAUAGAUAUGAUCCUAAUAAAAUCAUUCAGUUUGAAGUUUUAAUUACAGAUACGAUAACUGCAGCCCCUAACUCUGUUCCAAAUGCAGAAAUUUUGAACACUAUGCGUUCGCGAGGAUUGAUUUUGGCCGAUUGUUUCGAGAGCGAUAUACAAAUCGAAGUAUUAAUUGGCGCAGAUGUAUUUUGGCAGAUCGUUGACUCUACGAGAUUUGAGAAAAUAAACAAAACAAUUACUUGUGUUCCAACGGUAUUUGGUUUCGCGCUACAAGGAACUCAGUUAAGUGACUCACAGUGCUUAAAAAAUGAAGUGGCGUCAAAUCUCUGUGUUGCGGCUACAGACGUUCAGAUUCUGCGGGAACUCGAAGCAUUGGGAAUAAAAGAAAAGGAGGAAUUAAAUUCGGUAGAUAAGGCUUUCGUUGAAGAAUUUGAGAAAGGAUUAAAAUUCGUAGAUGGGAGAUACGAAACAAAUCUAAUGUGGAAGAAAGAUCCUAAUGAGUUAGCGAACAAUUUUACGUUAGCUAAAAAGCAAUUUGAAGAGUUAAAAAGGGUUUUAAAUGAAAACGAAUGGGUUGCAAAUGAAUAUAAGGAAAUUGUGAAUGAGCAAGUUAAAAUGGGAAUUAUUGAAGAGUGUGAUAGGGAUAGUAAGGAAUAUUUUAUGCCCCAUAGAGCUGUCGUCAGGGCAGAUAAAGAAACAACCAAAGUUCGUAUUGUGUACAAUUGUAGUUCUAAAUCAAAGGGUAAUUUAUCUCUUAAUGAUUGUUUAGAAACUGGCCCGAAUUUAAAUCCAAAUAUACUUGAUAUCAUUUUAAAUUUUCGUAAAUUCAAGAUAGCUUUUAAUGCAGACAUUGAGAAAGCAUUUUUAAUGAUUGGUAUUCCCGAAAGAGAUAGAAAGUUUUUAAAAUUUCUUUGGUAUUCAGAUAGUCCUAGUGAAGAAUUUAAAUACAUGCAAAUGAAAAGAGUAACAUUCGGUUGCAAACCGUCUCCGUUUAUUCUAAGUGCUACAAUUAAGCAUCACAUUCAAAAGUUUGAGAAUACACACCCUAAAUCAGUUGAGAUGUUAAAAUCUUCGCUGUAUGUUGAUGACUUGUAUUUUGGUGGAAAUAGUGUGAGCGAAGUUUUAAAUUUGUCAUCUGAUGCUGUAACUAUUCUGAAGGCAGGAGGUUUUAACUUGAGGAAAUUGAGGUCUAACAGCAAAGAGUUAGAAGAACUAUGGGUGCAGACGGGACUAAAGGAACGGGAGUCGGUUGAUGUUAGCCAAGUGAAAGUGUUGGGGUUAAACUGGAAUCCAGAGCAAGAUGAGUUGUCGUUGGAUCUAAAAGGGAUAUUUAAAGGAUUGAAAUCAUUGAAGAACAGUAAGAGGUGCGUUUUACAGACUGCAGCUAGUAUUUUUGAUCCGGUUGGGUUGAUUGCUCCGUUCGUUGUACGUAUUAAGUUAUUGUUGCAGGAAAUUUGGGAGAGAGCAAUUGAUUGGGAUGAAGAGUUGCCAGAAGACUUGCGGGAAAAAUGGGUAAAGUGGUGUGGAGAAACUGACAAAAUGAGUGAAAUAAAAAUUCCUAGGCAUUGUUUAGAAAGCUGUGUUGGUGAGAAGGCUGAAGUACACGUAUUUUGUGAUGCGUCAUUGAGGGCGUAUGGAGCUGUUGUAUAUUUCAGGUUUCGUGAUAAAUAUGGGAAGUAUAAGGUGUCUUUUGUGUUGUCAAAGAGUAGAGUAGCACCGCUAAAGAAAUUAACGUUACCUCGCUUAGAGUUGAUGGCUCUUGUGAUAGGUUCUAGAUUGGGAAGUUAUCUCAAGACAGUUUUCGGAGACAUGAUUCAAAAUAUUGUGUAUUGGAGUGACUCUUUGAUUGCGUUGUACUGGGUAAAGGGUUGUGCCAAGCGUUGGAAAAUGUUUGUAGCAAAUCGUGUUUUGGAGAUUCAGGAGAAGUCGAAUCCCAGCGACUGGAAAUUUUGCCCCUCGGAAAAAAAUCCAGCAGAUUUACUAACUAGAGGAAUUUCAAUGGAAGAUCUGUUGUUGAAUAAAUUGUGGAGGUUAGGACCAGAUUGGCUUCAGGAGAGUUGUGAAGGAUGGCCGGAGCAGGUGUUCAAAUCUGCAAGUUGUGACAAUGUAGAGGUUUUACGGGAGAAAAGAAGUGAAGUAACUAAUGUUAUGGUUGUUCAGGUGGAACUGGUCGAAAAUUUGUACAAUAGAAUUUCGGUUUGGAGUAAAUUGCAAAGAAUUGUUGCAUGGUGUCUUAGAUUUAUUAGAAAUGCGCGAGGAAUGAAAGUUAAUUCUUCAUUUCUUCAAGUUGAUGAGUUGCGAGAGGCGCAUAACCAAGUAAUUAAAGCAGUACAGAGAACUGUGUUUAGUACUGAAAUUGCAACUUUAGAGAAAGGGAAAGUUUUGAAGUCUGGAAAUUUGUCACAGUUAAAUCCCUUCAUUGACAGUGAAGGCCUACUUAGAGUUGGCGGACGUUUGAAAAAUGCAAAUUUGGCAGAGAGUGUAAAACAUCCUCUUAUAUUGCCAAAGAAACAUCCUGUGACUGAAAUGGUCAUAAGAUACUACCAUAUAAUGUAUUUACAUGCAGGUAUACACUUACUUAGUGCAUCAAUUCGACAGAAGUAUUGGAUCGUGUGUGCAAGAUCUGCAAUUCGUAAAGUAGUGAGAAACUGUGUAACUUGUUGUAGAUUUCGUUCGGAAUUUUCGCAACAAAUAAUGGCAAAUUUACCGUCAGCUAGAGUGAAUCCUGGAAGAGCCUUUUUGAAAUGUGGUACAGAUUUCGCUGGACCGUUUCUUGUUACCCCUCGUCGUGGAAGAGGAGUUAAAGCGUUAAAAAUGUACGUGUGCAUAUUUGUGUGUUUUAUUGUUAAGGCCGUGCAUCUUGAAAUAGUAAGCGACCUAAGUACUGAAGCGUGCCUUUCAGCUUUGAAGAGAUUCAUCGCUCGCAGAGGAAAACCUCUGGAAAUAUACAGUGACUGUGGAACCAACUACAUCGGUGCGAAAAAUUAUUGGAAAGCGUGUUCAAGAGAUCUUGGUCAAUAUCUAGCCGAUGAAGGUGUGUCGUGGAAGCUGAACAUUCCAUCAGCUCCCCAUUAUGGUGGCCUCUGGGAAGCCGCAGUAAAAGCGAUGAAAUUUCACUUGCGAAGAGUAAUGAAAUCACAGAUAUUAACUGUUGAGGAGUUUUCUACUGUCUUAGCUGAAGUAGAAGCAGCGCUGAAUUCCAGACCACUUGUUUCUGCAUCAGAUUGUGCUGAUGACUAUUGUGUUCUAACACCUGGUCAUUUUCUCAUUGGCUCGGAGUUAAAGAGCGUACCUGAGCCUGAUGUUACCAAUGAGAAAAUUAGCAUUGGUGAAAGAUAUAAACUAACAUCACAAAUUUCACAAUCCUUCUGGAAAGCAUGGUCGAAGGACUAUUUAACGCAGUUGCAAGUGCGCAACAAAUGGAAAACCCCAUGCGUGGAUUUGUGCUGCAAUGACAUAGUGUUAAUCAAGGACGAGAAUUUGCCACCCCUCAAAUGGAGGAUGGCAAGAGUAACUGAAACUAUUGACAGCAGUGACAGCAGAGUACGUGCUGUAACUUUAAAAACAUCGACAGGUGAAUUGAGAAGACCAAUUCACAAAUUGGUUAAACUUCCUAUUGAACAUAAAUGA